AUAGUUCGAGAAAAGAAGAUUCUAGAAGUUCAUAUUGACAAAGGCAUGAAAGAUGGCCAGAAGAUAACAUUCCAUGGUGAAGGAGACCAAGAACCUGGACUGGAACCAGGAGAUAUUAUCAUUGUUUUAGAUCAGAAGGACCAUGCUGUUUUUACUAGGCGAGGAGAGGAUCUUUUCAUGUGUAUGGACAUACAGCUGGUUGAAGCACUGUGCGGCUUUCAAAAGCCAAUAUCUACUCUAGACAACAGAACCAUUGUCAUUACCUCUCAUCCAGGUCAGAUUGUCAAGCAUGGAGAUAUCAAGUGUGUGCUGAAUGAAGGCAUGCCAAUUUAUCGUAGACCAUACGAAAAGGGUCGCCUAAUCAUCGAAUUUAAGGUAAACUUCCCUGAGAAUGGCUUUCUCUCUCCUGAUAAA